CGCCAGCGAUUACGUAUCCGUCUACGUCACGUCCCGUUCUCCGCUACCACGUCGUCGAAAGCCAACUCAGUGUCAGUGUUAACCGGUAGAAUAGCGCACCGAUGCGGCGCUCAGUGUAAAUGCUUUGAAUAUAGUCAAAGUCGUCAAAUAGUAACAACCUACCGACUCCCCCGAGGAUUAUAACUCCCGAGCCGCGUUUGACCCCAGAAAGCCGCCAACAUAGCCGAGCUAACCGCCGCCGUAUUUAUGACUAAGAUGAUUCCGCCGGUGCCCACAGCCGCUGCCGCCGUCAUGAUGCCCACGCCCAAGCAGAAGAUCGGCUUCAGCAUCGAGUCCAUUGUGGGCGAUGCCGGCAGUGCCAAUGCCGCCGGACACUCUCCGCCGCCGGAGAAUGGCCGCAGGAGCCAGAGUCCGCCGUCGGGCGAGAGGAACGGUCCCGGAUCGCCUCCUCAGACACCGCCCUCGAACCUCACAUUGCUGCCCGGCUCCCCGCCGCUUCACCUGAUGGCACCACCUGCCCACGCAAUGCCCUAUCCCCACGGCCAGGCGCACCCACAUCCUGCCCAUCCGCAUCCGCACCUAUCGCCCGCCCAGCAGCACGUGCUCCACCAGCACCUCCUCCUGCAGCAGCACCAGCAGCAACAGCAACAGCAGCAGCAUCAUCUGCAGAACCAGCAGCAGGGCCCGCCCAAGAGCCACCAGGACAUCCAGGAACUGUUGCAGCGCCUGCACCAUCACAAUGCGGCUCUCCAGACACGACUUUCCCCAGAGGCAGAGCAUCCUGUGUCCCUGAAAAGGGAGCGCUCGCCGGCCCCACCCGCCCUGGAGCAGGCCGAGAAUCCCGCCCAGCGCAUCCAGCCGCCCCACACACCGCCCAAAUCCGUAUCCCCGCAGUCCUCGCAGCCCUCAACGUCACCCACCUUGCUGGUCAGCAGUCCGCACGCCACUCCUCCCCAGCAACCACAGCAGCAGCAGCCUCCGAGCUACCCCAAGCCGGCUCUGAUGCACCCCGGAGCAGGAGGACCCAUGAUGAUGCCGGGAAUGCCGCCCCAGGGACUCGUCAGACCCUUUCCCGUAGGCCCAGGAGGACCACCGAUGGGUGGACCGCCGCAGGGACAGCCCGGAAUGCCGGACAUCAAAGCCCUGCCCCCGUACAUCAAUGCUCCACCGGAGCUGCCGCCACAGCACAAUCCGCAUCUCAUUGCCGCCGCCCAGUUCCAGAUGGCCGCCGCCCUGCAGGCUGGUCAUGUUCUGGGUCCUGCGGCCGCGGCUGCUGCUGCCGCUGGACUGCCACCGCACGCCGCCCAGUUCAUGCCCAAUCCCGGCAUGGCCCGGGACAGCUAUCAGCUGUAUCCAUGGCUUCUCAGCCGCCACGGAAGGAUCUUCCCACACCGGUUCCCAGGAAGCUUCCUGGUGCCGCCGUUUCGCAAGCCGAAGCGCAUCCGCACCGCCUUCUCCCCGUCACAGCUCCUGAAGCUGGAGCACGCCUUCGAGAGCAACCAGUACGUGGUCGGGGCAGAGAGGAAGGCCCUCGCCCAGUCCCUGAAUCUGUCCGAGACGCAGGUGAAGGUGUGGUUUCAGAACCGACGCACCAAGCACAAGCGGAUGCAGCAGGAGGACGAGAAGGGUGGCGAGGGCGGCUCCCAACGCAACAUGCAUGGCAGCGGCGACGAGGACGACGACGAGCUCAUCGACAUGGAGAUGGACGACUGCCCCAGCGACGAGGAGCACGAGCUGGACGCCAGCCACUGAGGCGGCGGGCUCAGUGUUCGGUUCGCAGCCAGUUCCUUACCCAGGCGAUGGGGCCCAGUUCCAGUUCCAGUUCCGAGAGCUCCGGCGCCCUGCCGAGCUCCCGGAGAGUAGCAUAGUUUGUUUUGUUGUGAUAUAUUCUUAGAGCUACCUGUACAUAGCAGGCAUCCGACGCGACGACGGGAAAGUAUUAGAGAUCCUCCCCUGUCCCUCUCAAGAUCCGUGCCAAAUCCCUGCGAAGACCAGAGGUUGAGUAGAGCUCCUCCUCCAGCCCCGUUCCGAAGCUUUUCUUCCUUCCAAAAAAAAUCUAAACAGAAAACAAAAAUAUCCUUAGGCUAGACACCAACUAUAAGUGUACAAAUCUAAAGGUUUAAGCGUGUAAAUAUUCAUGAAAAGCAUUAACUUUUAAUUAGUGAAUUUCCACAGAACAAACAAUCUAUCGUAGUAAUAAUAAUUCCUGUACAUUGUAUGACGAGAUUUAGCAUUUAUUUAUGUUUAGACUUAAGCACGAACUUCCCUCGAGUCGCUCCACUGCAGAGCUGGAUAUAAUUUAAACCUGUUUAAUAUAAAUAGCCC